AUGGACCCCGUCGCCGCCGGUGCUCCCAUGGAAGACGACGAUGCUCGUGGCAUCAUAAGCGAUGGGCCAGCCGCAGACCCUAUAACCGAUGACCACAGCCGCCGAGCUACGACCUCUCCUCCCUCCCUUCAAUUGUUCAAUUGUUGGGAAGACGACAAUGGUCUUGGCAUCAAAAGCGAUGGCCCAGCCGCAGUCCCUAUCGCCGAUGACCCCCGCCGCCGAGAGUCUUCCAUGUUAGCCCUUGAUGAUACUGACUACUCCGUAAACGGAAUCGGCGACGGUGAAGACGACAAUGCUCGUGGCAUCAUAAGCGAUGGGCCAGCCGCAGACCCUAUAACCGAUGACCACCGCUGCCGAGCUACGACCUCUCCUCCCGCCCUUCAAUUGUUCAAUUGUUGGGAAGACGACAAUGCUCUUGGCAUCAUAAGCGAUGGCCCAGCCCCAGUCCCUAUCGCCGAUGACCCCCGCCGCCGAGGUACGACCUCUCCUCCAUGCCUUCAAUUGUUCAAUUGUUUGUGAAGUAGCUGCCGUAGAUAACGAGAGUCUUCCAUGUUAGCCCUUGAUGAUACUGACUACUCCGUAAACGGAAUCGGCGACGGUGAAGACGACAAUGCUCGUGGCAUCAUAACCGAUGGGCCAGCCGCAGACCCUAUAACCGAUGACCGCCGCUGCCGAGCGACGACCUCUCCUCCCGCCCUUCAAUUGUUCAAUUGUUGGGAAGACGACAAUGCUCUUGGCAUCAUAAGCGAUGGCCCAGCCCCAUCUUCCAUGUUAGCCCUUGAUGAUACUGACUACUCCGUAAACGGAAUCGGCGACGGUGAAGACGGCAAUGCUCGUGGCAUCAUAACCGAUGGGCCAGCCGCAGACCCUAUAACCGAUGACCGCCGCUGCCGAGCUACGACCUCUCCUCCCGCCCUUCAAUUGUUCAAUUGUUGGGAAGACGACAAUGCUCUUGGCAUCAUAAGCGAUGGCCCAGCCCCAGUCCCUAUCGCCGAUGAUCACCGCCACCGAGAGUCUUCCAUGUUAGCCCUUGAUGAUACUGACUACUAUGUAAACGGAAUCGGCGACGGUGAAGACGACAAUGCUCGUGGCAUCAUAAGCGAUGGCCCAGCCGCAGACCCUAUAACCGAUGACCGCCGCCGCCAAGCUACGACCUCUCCCCCCGCCCUUCAAUUGUUCAAUUGUUGGGAAGACGACAAUGCUCUUGGCAUCAUAAGCGAUGGCCCAGCCCCAGUCCCUAUCGCCGAUGAUCACCGCCACCGAGGUACGACCUCUCCUCCAUGCCUUCAAUCGUUCAAUUGUUGCGAAGACGACAAUGCUCUUGGCAUCAUAAGCGAUGGCCCAGCCGGAGUCCCUAUCGCCGAUGACCACCGCCGCCGAGGCACGUCCUCUCCUCCCUCUCUUCAAUUGUUCGAUUGUUGUGAAGACGACAAUGCUCUUGGCAUCAUAGGCAAUGGCCCAGCCGCAGACCCUAUCGCCGAUGACCCCCGCCGCCGAGGAGAGUCUUCCAUGUUAGCCCUUGAUGAUACUGACUACUCUGUAAACGGAAUCGGCGACGGUGAAUCAUCCGACUGCCAUCAAGUUCAUGCCGGGGAGUCGAGCAGAGGAGACUUGUACGACGAGAAAUCGAGCGACGGCUUCGAUGUCUACGAGUUGAUAGGUCGUGAUCUCAGACGAGCUUUAAAUUUCGGUGAGCCGAGCUCGAGUCGCGGAAGCGACGACCUCGAGAGCUCGGUACCUCCUUCAGUCGAACCUCCUGCCUCCGUUGCAUACCCGAGCCUCUUUUACUCCUAUCCGUCCGACGUUGCAUCCACCGACUCACAAGAUCGUUUGCCUUCUCACUCCGUUCCUGAUGCAGCCUAUUAUUACGAUAUAUUCUGCCCUCACCUCAACCCAUACCCAUCUUCUCACUACUACAUUAGCCGCCCGAGAGCUAAAGAAUUAGUCCGGCAGUCGCUGCUCUACUAUGAAAGUAUUGACCUUUCGGCAGUCAUGGCAACAUCCUCCUGCUUUUUGUGCUCGGGACGUCCGAUAGUGACUCGCGAAGUUCGGGAACAACCACCAUGCAGUCGAUGCUUCCAGGAAUUCUUGGAUGGUAGAGAACCUGAGAUCACCCAGAAAGUCCUUGCUGGAUUUCUUCGGUGCUCGGUGUACGACAUGAUGAUGGACUGCAGAGGAAGCGAUUUUAUACUGAAACUGUUGCACGUCGCCGAUGAUGUACAGCGGAGGCAAAUGGAGGAUUACGUUAGGAAGGAUCAUCGCAUGCUUCUCAAGGUUGCCAAGGAUUCCUCCGGGAGUGAGUGUGUGAAAGAACUCGUCAAGAUCCUCAAGUUUCCAGUAGGGAAGGCUCUCAAGUGUCAUGUUAAACAACUUAUGACCUGUAAGAACGGGAAAGCUGUGGUUGAUUGCUGCUUGGAACAUCUGAAUUACGAAGCCAAUAAGGUCUUCAUUCAAGCUGCUCUGAACUCUUUUACGGAGUUGGCAUCAGACAAAUGUGGCUGCUUGGCCCUUGUGAGCUGCAUGGAUUACUCGAUGAAUCCUCACAGGAACCUGUUGCUGAAAAAGACUACAGAUGGUGCACUUGGACUCUCUUGCCACAUUUAUGGAAACUAUGUUGUGCAAUGUGCCCUGAACAUGAAUGUGGCUUGGGCAGCGGAGACGAUAUGUGCUGAUCUCGCAGGAAGCUUGAUGGAGCUAUCGGUGCACAAGAAUGGCAGCUACGUCGUGCAGAGAUGCCUCGAGUCGUCGGGGCGGCACCACAUAAUCCGAGGGUUGGAUUGUCUAAGCCAGGGAGAGCUCGAGGACAUGCUUCAACAUUACUACGCCAACUACGUGCUGAAGACUGCAUUGGCGUUCUUCAAGGUGAAGCCACUUUCUCCUCACAACCCAUCUCUCGCUCCGUUAAAGCUGUCUCUUACCGCGAUCUUUUUGCAGAGAGGUUGUCCCUUUUACCGGAGACUGCUCGAUCGUCUUGAACGGCUCGUGCUCCCGUAUAAGAAUCACAUACAUGCGAGUAAUGUGUACAAGUGUAUCGUGGACAUCAGAAAGCGCUCCGUCUGA